AGUCAGAGUUGUGGGAGAGAGUCAAGUGUUUUAGUGUGAUAUGACUGACUGAUUAUUUGUUGCAACAUGCAUGCUUAGUGUUAGCAAGGGGGACAUGUUAGUUUGUUUGCUGAGGUAUGCAACUUUGGCCAGUGAGUGUCCUGUGACUGUGUUUGGAUCACAUGCUUUGUGAGAGUGAGUAUGAGUGUGUGUGUAUGACAGUCAUGUGACGUUUGAGCUUUGUUCAGUCAGUCAUCAGAUAGAUAGUCUUUGAACACAUGCUACCCAAAAAUCUCUCUCUCUCUCCUCUGUCUCCUCAUCUGAAUCUCCCCAUCAUUCUGUUUUAUCCUCUUUUGAUUUCAUACAUGUCAUUUGAUUUGGAGAGCUUACUUCUAGACCAAGUAAGAACUCAUUUUUAGAGAAGCCGGAUGAGUGCACGUAUGCAUAAACACACACUCUCUGUAGCGUACUGAGAGGAAUAUCUGUGAAGAUGAAGAUUAAGAGUCACAAGAAAAACACUGCAAGGUGGUUGUUCAUUCCAGAGGAUGCUUCAUGGAACAGCUGGGCAUCUGCUGAGUUUGAUCUAGCUCAGAUCAGAUUGAUCGUGUAUCAAGACUGUGAGAGAAGAGGGCGGCAGGUUCUCUUUGACUCCAAAGCAAUACAUAAACUGGACGCAUCCGAGCUGACUGCUGAUGAAACCAAAACUCCCCCCAACCGGAGUGGUGCUUGCCAUAUCGGCAGCCAAGCAAGCGAGAAAGAUAAGCCUCCUACAUAUCAGUAUACCAGACCGGCUUCAGACGUGAAUAUGCUUGGAGAAAUGAUGUUUGGCUCAGUUUCCAUGAGUUAUAAGGGCUCAACUCUUAAAAUUCACCACAUUCGGUCUCCACCACAGCUGAUGGUCAGUAAGGUUUUUUCUACACGGUUUGGAAGCAGCACCUCUGGAAGUACAAAUACGCUGCAAGACAGUUUUGAGUCAGUGAGCCAAACUUUUCCUAGUCACACCAGUAGCAUAGGAGUUUGCCGCGUGCCUAGCGCUCCUCUGCUCUGCCUGGCUCGGAGCGCGUCUUUCUUUGCAGCCCACAGUAAUCCAGUGGACAUGCCAAGCAGAGGACACAGUGAGGAUGGAGACAGUGGCAUCGCUCGCUCAGCAUCUCUGAGCAGUCUGUUGGCCACUCCCCUACCGUCACCUGGAUCCUCCUUCAGUAGUGGCUGUGCCAGCAGUUAUCAACGGCGAUGGCACCGUAGCCAGGCCACCAGUCUUCAGCAUGGCCCCAUGCCUCGCUGGAACACUGAAGAAAUGUUCAACUUGUCUGACGAGAGCUGCAACUCCAACCCUGCGAUGAUCCGGAGGAAGAAGAUUGCCAUCAGCAUCAUCAUCAGCCUGCCAGAGAGAGAAGAGGAAAACCACAAUUUUCAGGAGUUUUUCUUCUCCCACUUUCCUCUGUUUGAAUCUCACAUGAACAAACUCAAGACUGCCAUCGAGAGGGCAAUGAUUGUGUGCAGAAGGAUAGCAGAGUCCAGUCAGAGAGUACAGGUCUAUCUGUGUCGAGUGAUGGAAGCACUGGGAGAAUUCAGGAUGACGGUGUGGAACCUGUACAUGGCUCCCCGCAUCAGCGAGCCAGUCUGGCUUUCCAUGAUAUCCCAGAGUACCGAGCGAAACCUGCUGUGUCAGCGCUUCCUGAAGGAGAUGAGUUUGCUGAUGGACCAUGGAGUCAAGAGCCAGUUUCUAUCAGCUCUCCUUACUGCUGUUCUUACACAUCACUUAGCCUGGGUUCCUACGGUGAUGCCCAGCAGCCUGCCACCAAUCAAAACUGCCUGCCAGAAACCUGCCUCUCAGACAGUGGAUCUUUUGGCAAAAUCUCACCCAUACAACCCACUGUGGGCUCAGUUAGGUGAUCUGUAUGGUGCUCUGGGCUCUCCAGUGAGAGUGUGUCGAACGGUGGUUGUGGGACGCAGGAGGGAACUGGUCCAGCGAGUCUUGUAUAUUCUGUCCUACUUCAUUCGAUGCUCAGACCUGCAAGAGCAUGUGCAGCCACAAGGACAGAGGGAGAAUCUAGACAAUCCAGUCAAUCCCUGCAUCUCUCAAACCACUGAUCCCACCCCUUUUCCCACUAAACCAGAUCCAUUAAAGCCCGCUGCUUGUGUUAUUGAAAAAGCACUGAACCCUGAAUCUGUUCCAAGCACCUCUGUAGAACUAAAUAAUGACACACUUGUGACAGAUACAAAAUCAACUAAUCCAUCCUCCAGUCCAGAAUCAUCCACUGUCAGGCCUGAAUGUACAGAAAUGGGACAGGAAUGUUUUGGAGAAGACAGUGACUCUGUUGGGGGUGGAUUAGAGCACAUUUUGGCCAAUCAGAGUCCUCUUUUGCAUCGGGUGCAGUUUCACAUUGGCAGUCCCAGGGAGACGGAGAAUGAAGGACAAGCCGGGGGUCUUAGCGGGGCAGGGUGUGGACGGGGAUUGGACCGAAAGUCACAUCAAAGGCUUUUGACUGAUAUUCGGAGGAACGAGAGCUCAGAUAGUGCACUAGGUGACAGUGAUGAUGAAGAAACGUCACCGCGAGAACUGUACAUGGCUACUGAACAAAAGGAGUAUGAGUUACCACUACCAAGUUAUCAGGCAGAGAGCCGGGCCAGUGUUAAUCAUUUUGGACGUUCUUUGCUGGGUGGUUACUGUCCUCAGUACAUGCCUGACUUUGCCUUGCAUGGCAUCAGUUCUGAUCUCAGUCUCAAACAGUGCCUCAUGUCUGAUCUGGAACACACUGUUCUCCAUCCAGCGCUGGAUGAACCAGUGGCAGAGGCUCUUUGCAUUGUGGCAGAUACAGACCGGCUGAGUGUGCAGGUGGUGACGAGUCAAAGGCGUGUGUGUGAGGGUGGGCGGCUGGGCAGAGACGUGAUGGUGUCCAACCUUGUACACACGCUUAUCACAUCAGUUCUGCAGCUGUAUGCGCUCAACAUUGCAUCCGACUUUUGUGUGAUGCAUCUGGAAGACCAGUUACAGGAGUUGUAUUUUAAAAGUCGAUCCUUGGCAGAAUAUCUAAUAGGACAAACCAGGGUCCAUGUAAAAGAACUGAGGCUGGCACUGGGGAUUGAGUCCAGUGACAUUCCGUUACUUGCAGCGGUGGCCAGCACACACUCGCCCUAUGUGGCCCAGAUCCUUCUCUAAAUAGACCAAGCAAGAUUUAUUUCAAUUUAAGGACCAAUCGGAAUGUAUUCCUGUUCUGCAUGGACCAGCAAGAAUCUGAUCAUUAUCAGAUGACCACACCAAUCAUGAUGCACUGUGCUCGACAACCAUUUGGAGCCUACACCCAGCCUUAAUAUGCCAAUCAGAAUGCCUCGUUUGUCCAGCUGACAGUCUUUUCUUGUACAUAUGUGGGCAUCUAACUGUCUAUAGACUGAAUCAUGCACCACAUUGGGACACUUGUUAAUGCUCUGCAUAUUUUACAGUAUCUCAUGUCUUUUUAAGUCUUAUUUGAAAGGGAAGACUGGAGAAAGCAUGUUAUUGAUGAAAAACAUCACUAUGAGCAAGAAUAUAGAGAAGCAUCUAUACAUUUGAUCCUUCCAUUGAAUAAUCUCUCAGCACUAUAUCUGAAUGCACAGUAGUGUAGUUCAUUAAGAAUGAGAGCAUAUCUGUAAAAUGUAUAGCCUCUCUGUGAAGCACAUUAGUUUACAUCAGGAGCCAUAUUUUGUAGCUGGCUCAU